GCCAGCAGUGUGUUUGUGUUUGUAAGUGUGUGUGACACAGGAUCAAAUAUUAUCGACAAAACUGUAGGUUUUUCAAGUGAAAAUGCAUCCGGUCAGAGUGUCGAUCCCGUCGUUUCGUUCAGAAAACAACUCGAUCGAGAAAGGAUACACGGUUUUCAGAAUUGAUGUGUUGAUGAAUGGCCGACAACACACUGUUGAGAAACGCUACAGUGAAUUCCACGCUUUGCAUAAAAUGCUAAAGAAGAGCAUAAAGCCACCCGAGAUUCCUUCGAAACACGUAAGAAACUGGGUUCCCAAAGUCCUGGAGCAGAGAAGGCAAGGCCUGGAGCUCUACCUGCAGACCAUAAUUAUGGAAAAUGGAGUUCUCCCAAAGAUAUUCCUGGAUUUCCUGAAUAUCCGCCAUUUUCCGUCAGUGCCAAAAACAGAAAGCUGUGGGUCAUUUGACACUGAAUCAGAGGAAUCAAGCAAACUUUCACAUCAGCCAGUCUUGUUGUUUCUGAGAGACCCAUACCUGCUGCCGUCUGCUCACGAUGCAUUUUCAAACGUUGUAAUUGAAGGCGUGGUUCAUGGAGUUUUCUACCCAGAUCUUCAACCAAGGUAGAGCUGCAGAGCCGAAAUCUGAGGCCACGUCCCUGCAAACAGAUGCUUCAUAUUUACACAACAUUUUAGGUGUGCGAUGCAUCAGGAGGGACGUGGCAUGUUAAGAUACACUGAGCCUCAUUCUCAUUUUCCAAAGCAUAAAACAAAAAC